AUGUCAGAAAUUUCUCCAACCGCAUCUCAACAGCUCGCAGCGGCAGCAAUAGCAUUUCACCGUGCGCGACGUAAAUUUUCAGAACAUGUCAGUGAAUCCACAUACAAAAAUCCCGAGCGCAUUCAAGUGAGUAACAAGACUGAGAAUUCAACGAGACUGAGAGCUCUGAGUGGAUUUCGCUGUGGGCGAAAUUGUGAGCCAGUUGAGAGUGCAUUUCAUCAGGAAAAAACGGGCCGCGAUGCUGUCAGAGAUUUUGUUAAAAUUGUAUCGAAUAGAAAGUAUCCGGAUGCUCCAGUGGAUGCUCCAAGUGCUGGGGCCAACGAGACGGAAGAAUUUAAAGAUGCGCAGGAUAGACUUGAUGUCUCCAGUGAGAUCGGUAGCCCCCGUCCGACCUUCAAAAAGAAUUGCUCCUGCUACAACCGAAUGUCAAUCCUCCAUCAAAAACCGGGCGAUGGUGAUUCCAUCAAUCAACUCCGCAAGACUGAAUCUCCUGAGAUGGAUGACAGGGGAAAUGAUGAUGAAUCGCUGGAUUUUCCCCGUAAACUUUACGAGUGGGAGCGCCGAAGUCGGGAAGAAUCCCUGAUGAAGAUGCAGCGAUUGUACCAGAGGAGAAACAGAAUUAAACAAAAGCCCAAAUGUCAAAGUUUGCAGUGCCAUUCCCACUACUGCCAGAUGCACCACUACCCCAAGUGCAUAUCCAAGCCGAUGAACUCCAUUCUGAUGCCGAACCGCCUGAGUUUUCCCCCGAAAUGGCAAUGCCCAAAGUUCCUUUACCAUUGGAAAUGCGAUGUUGAGAGGGAGGCCAAAGAUUAUUGCAGAAAAAAACUACAUUCUGGAUCGAAUAGUACCCAAUGUUCAGGGAUGUGUUCACGCACGGAAGACAGUGAAACUGACGACGAGGAGUCACUGAACAACGUCCCCCAGAUAAAGCACAGGGAUUCGGUGGACAUCCUCGUGGAGAAGCUCAAGUCAAAGAGCAUUCAGGACGAGCAAAGCGACGAAGUUGGAGAAUUUUGCAGUGGGAUAAGUGAAACGGUGUCAUGCAGUGGAAUACAGGAUCUCGUGUCGAACGAGACGACUGAAGAGGCCAAGAGCUGCGAGGAUAGUGUCGACAGUGAGACCUGUUGUACUCGGAAAAACUCGUCCACUAAGGAGUUACGUUUCAACAAGUUAGCGGAUCGAUUGAAACACAAGUCCAGGAGAUCGCGUCUCACAAAACUUGCAGUUCAUUAUCAGGAUGAAUCGCCCACAGCUAUUUGA